AUGGAUAGUCUGGCGGAAAAAAGGUUGUUGUUCAACCCAUCUGCCGACAGUGCAAUAUCUCCAGAUGUUCCACGUUACCUUUUCCGCGUGGUUUCUCCUUUCUCGGAUGGGAAAACGGAUGGUUCAUGGGUACGCUCGAUGGCGGCAUGUCAAAAUUUGAACUCCUCUUCAGAAGAUAUCUUUUCUCGGUUGAGCGAUGAGAAGCGCAAACGGGUGGCUCAUACGUUGAAUCAGCACCUUCGAUGGUGGUCUAAAGAAGGAGUGCAGGACAAUUUCGUCUCCUGGACCAGUCCAUUACUCUUUGCAAUCCAAUACAUCUAUUUCCGACACUUAAGCACAAACGACAGCUCACGCUUAGAAGAAAUCAAACUUUAUGUCAUUGACACAACGCUUUUCCGCAAAAGGACGUUCCUUCGCGACCUGGACUUGAUUCGGGUAUUUCGCGGCUUCGACACAGAUUUGAAAGAUUUCUCAAAGCUUCGAAACACCACACCUUAUUAUUUCGGAGAGUAUCUUUCGCAGAGGUCCCUGAAAAUUGAAAGCAAACACAUGGUUCUUUCUGCUCAAAAGCUCUUUGAAAAUGAUCGGCUACGCCGUUCGCCGCCUUGUUUCUACGAGUUCCAUCAAAUCCCGAUUCGCGGUGGAAAACCAUCCUGGCCAAAAGAUGUUAUUCGAUUUCGUAAGGAAGUUUGGUUGUCGAAUUCUUCACCUUUGUCUCGAAAUGAAGUGUAUUGUCGUCUGGAGGCUGUCGAGGAGAUUUUGAUCGGCCUGGCACCUAGUUGGAAAUAUCCUCUUGCUAUUUACUUUGCAGCCCUCACCGGACUCGAGGCGGAGAGUAGAAGGCUUGAUGAAGCAGGAGACAAUGUUCUCUACGCAUACUUUCGAUCAAUAUCUUUGCAAGAUGCUCACAAGAGAUUCUCACCUUCCAACUUUGAGAUAUUCGCAGCAAACACGAUGCCGGAGUUGGAACAUGUUGAGAAACUUAUUCAACAGAUACACGCACAUUGUACUUUGAAACAAGCUCUAGAGUACAUCGAGAAUGCCGAGGUGACGGUUCGUAAUCUACAUAUAUCGAACAUCUUUAAUGCACGAAAUAAUCUUCCAGUUGCCAAUUAUGAUUGUUUCGCUGUCCGAGAAAAAAUUGUCCUCAAGCUGGCAACAGUACAGAUGUUAUGUGAGGAAGUUGCACAGGCCAAGUCAUAA